CCCCGCCCUGGGCGCUUCCGCCCGACUACCUAUUAUCAGGCACACAGCUCUUCUGGCCCCAGUCGUGGCAGAGUCGGGACACGAGGAAUGGUCUUGGUACCCGGCUCCAGCAGCCGGGACCCUGCUUCUUCUCCGCGCAGCCGAGCCGCGUCCAACGCCGAAGCCGCGCCGCCCGCCGAAGCCGCCGGCGACUCCUACCAGCCGCCGCCGCCGCUGCAGUAAACGCCGCCCCGCGCCGCGCCUUUGUCCCCGCCGCCCUGCCAGCUAAGCCGGGCCGUCGGUCGGGAGACGAGGGGCGCGCAUGGGUGGGCGCAGCUGAUGCUAACGCUGCUGCGCCGCACCGAGGCUGCGUCCCAGAAAGUCCUGCUCUCCUCUUCUCCUGGUCCUGCGAGGCUCCCCGCCCUGGAGCGCGACCCCAUGGAGGCGCCCGGGCUGGCCAAAGCGGCCGCGGCAGACCCCGACCCUCCCAAGAGCCCGGGAGACACCCCCGAUGAGGCGCCCGCUCAGGGACCCGGCUCUGACACCCCCGCGUCCGAGCCGCCUGACUACAGCCUGCAAGACUUCGACACACUGGCCACCGUGGGCACGGGGACGUUCGGACGAGUGCAGCUAGUCCGGCUGAAGACGGCCAAGCGUUUCUUUGCCCUGAAGGUCAUGAGCAUCCCCGAGGUGAUCCGUCUGAAGCAGGAGCAGCAUGUGCAGAACGAGAAGUCGGUGCUGAAGGAGGUCAACCACCCCUUCCUGGUCAAGCUGUUCUGGACGUGCCACGACGAGCGCUUCCUCUACAUGCUGAUGGAGUUCGUGCCUGGCGGCGAGCUGUUCAGCUACCUGCGCAACCGCGGCCGCUUCUGCAACAACGCGGGGCUCUUCUACUCGGCCGAGAUCGUCUGCGCCCUGGAGUACCUGCACUCCAAGGAGAUCGUGUACCGGGACUUGAAGCCGGAGAACAUUCUGCUGGACAAGGACGGGCACGUCAAGCUGACCGACUUCGGGUUCGCCAAGAAGCUGGUGGACAACAGGAACCAGGCCUCCAGCCAGAAGAAGAAAGACAAAGAGAAGAAUCGGUGUGAGAAACAUCAGGCCGUCGCCUCCUCUAUGCGCCCUGACCAGGAUCUGAACUCGCCACCUAGGACAUGGACUCUGUGUGGGACCCCCGAGUACCUAGCCCCUGAGGUCAUCCAGAGCAAGGGGCACGGCAGAGCUGUGGACUGGUGGGCACUGGGCAUCCUCAUUUUCGAGAUGCUCUCGGGGUUCCCUCCGUUUUUUGAUGACAACCCGUUUGGCAUUUACCAGAAAAUUCUUGCCGGCCGAAUCGAUUUCCCCAGACAUCUGGAUUUCAACGUCAAAGACCUCAUCAGGAAGCUCCUGGUGGUCGACCGGACCAGGCGCCUCGGAAACAUGAAGAACGGAGCUGAUGACGUGAAACGUCACCGCUGGUUUCGAACCCUGGACUGGGAAGCCGUCCCACAAAGAAAACUCAAGCCCCCCAUCUUGCCCAAGGUGUGUGGCGAAGGCGACACCUCCAACUUCGAAGCCUACCCUGACAGCGACUGGAACACAGCUCCCGCAGUCUCUGCCAAAGAGCUGGAGAUGUUCAAGAACUUCUGAGGACGCCAGUCCACCCCGGGAAGACACGCCAUGACAUCAGCCUGUGGGGGACAAAGACAUCGAGCUCCGCAGCCUUGGGGACCCCCUGCAGAUGUGACUCGGAUCGGACCGCCUUGUCUCCACCCCCAUGUGUACGUAAAGGAACUGGAAGCCACACUGGACAUUCACGGACCUCACAUUAUUUAAGCAACUGGAAGUCAACGGCACAGGAGGGUGAUGCGAACCAUCACUGGGUUGUAGAUUUUACAUUGUCCUCCGAGCGGGUUCCUACUGUGAUGAUAUCCGGUUUCCUCGGAGUCUCAGCUUUAUAAGCUGGAAUCGAGAGUGCUUGGUGAUAACCCCAGAUUGUGUGUGCGUGUGUGUGCGUGUGCAACACCCUGUGACAGAAAACGUGGAGACAAUGUUCAGACUUUGCACAGCCGAUGAUGUUCAGUUUUCCGUUUUCCCCCAAAACUGCUCUCUUGGGAACAAGUCCUGAAAAGGAGAAUGUGGGUUGCAUUUCCUUCAUCACCUUCUGUGCAUUUGUGAAGAAAAUAACCCCAUGGCAACCACACAGCUGCCAUCUGAAGUCCUUUGUAUCUGCUGAUAGGAGGUGUUGGAUUUUAAUCCAGAAGUAGCCAGUGGCCAUGAUCGUUGCCCAAGGAAACCAACACAGUCAAAAAUCUCCUGUAUCUUCCCAAAUUUCACAUGGCGCGGGGGAAGGCUACCUAUAAAAAUUCUAAAACCUACCCCCCUGCCCCCAAAAGUGGCUGGAUAUUGGCUCCAUGGCAUGUACCACCUUCCCUCAGAGAUUUUCUUUUCGUUUUCACGUUGGGGACAGGAACAGACAGAUGGCCGGCGAGAUGUCCACAUUGGGUGUCGUCCCACCGGCUGCCCUCAUUUCUGCUCAACUCCUUUUCUCCUCGUUCGGGGUCGAGUUGAGUGUGUUCUACACACAGGGGUCUCAUAGACCGGGCAGGCACAGAGGAGGUGCAGCGGGUGAGAUUUCUUCUCCUUGGAGCCGAUUCUGAGCGUACGUUGAGGAAGACCCUGCCAACUCUCCCCCGUGAGAUUGACUUUCCAAACGCCAGAGCUGGGUUGGCCACCAAGUACAUGGGGUUCGAUGCUAGUCUUCCCCCCAAACAGGGCACUCGUAGAAGUCCUUGGUGUCUCCAUGGCCCCUAAUUUAUUGUCUUCUCCACCCUUCUGCUCCGUGAUUCCGGACUUUGCUCUACACACCUAAGCAAGCUGCCCACACGGUGUCGACCGGGCAGCUGGGAAAACAGUGUUGCCCUCAUUGCUGUGUAUGUGGUCUGAUGGGUGCGCCAUGACCUCCUCUGUGGAGAUGUGACAACUGUGUAUUUAAGGAGUGGCUUCUGGAGCCUUCCGUGACAGCAAGGUCAUACCUCUAAGACCUCUUCUGUCCCCUCCUCCCUUUCCGCUCAGGUCUUGUCCAGACAGGUCCAGCCUCUCCUCCAGCAGCUGCAAUACAGAGAGUGUGCCCAGGGGUGAGGUUGGUGAAAACAGGGGCAGGAACACGGAGGGUUGUGUGCCUUCUUGAGUGUGUGUGGCUCAGGGGUGUUCUCAAGUCACCUGGCGGUUCUUUGCUGUCCAUGCUGUCUUUUUUACCCCAAAAGGCGUGUCUUCCCAUACCUCCUGCUACCUCCGUCUUGCACACACAUGUCAAGCAACACGACACACCACCUGUUCACAAAGUCAUGCAUCGUCUUUCAGUCACACACACAUCGAAGGCGGUGCAUUGACCGGUCAGAUUUGGGCAGAUGCCACUCACGAAUCAGAAGGCCCCAGGUGUAUUUUGAAGGGGAAAGGAAGACACCUUGCAUCUCUGAAACUGUAACAUUCGACAGUAAACGUGAAGAUGCUACAGGUUCCCCCUUCGCGGACAAGACCUGUGAGACGGGACCUGUUCUUCCAACAGAAGUAACUCGGGAGGUGAGCUGCAGUACAGAACUUAGUAAAACAACCUCUUUGCCAUGUGCAACUCGAUGAGAAAUUAUUGCCAAAUGGGUUCUGUGCACAUGUUUCUUACAGAACUGUGUGUUUUCCCUCUGGACUUCUCAGCCAUCGUCCCGUGUGGAUUUUGUGGAGGGCUAGCCUUGCCUGAAACAUCAGCCAUCUCUAAACCGUUUCAUUAUGAAAUGAUUGAUUAGACUGGCAAGGUGAUUCUCUGCCCUGACUUAUCCACCUAGGAAAAAAGGCAUAUCUCACACCUCCUUACUAUAACCUAAAUUAUUAUUAUUAUUAUUAUUAUUUUAUUAUUAUUAUUAUUUUACUAUUAUUAUUGUUAUUAUUAUUAUCAUCAGAAUCAUUUUGGAACCUUCUGCUUAAAAAAUUUUAAAAAAAUGAAUGAAAGAUUAUUCUUGAAUACAAUCAACGCAUUUGCCAUUAUGCAUAUUCUUAGGCUUAGCACUUAUGGUCCAGGAUUGAAUAACUGGAAUGGAAAUAGCAUCAAAGGAGCAUGGCGUGGAUUGCCUGAUUUUUGAACAAAUUUUGAGCAAAUUGGGCGAGAACCACAGAUGUGUGGGUGCACGGGUACCGUUGCCCUUUGAAAGCAUGGUCAUCGGCCACCUGCCGUGUAACACAAACAAGCAAGGAAAAAAAUUCCUGAGAACACCUGAUGCUGUUAAGACUCACCUCUGGAAGUCUUCCCCAUCUUCCAUGUCACACACGUGGUGUGUCAAGCGUCCGUGGCGAGGUGUGACUUAAACUGUGUGGCGAUGAAAAAGCCGAUUUAAUCAAAAUGAGUUCCCAGCACGUGGGACACUCUGUGCCUUUCAUAAAUCAUUCAGUGGGUUCGUGCUGAAAUGUACAUGCCUGUGAGCAUCUAGGAUCAGUGUGUGUGGAUGAAGUUUUAAAGCCAAUUCAUGGGAGAAAUCAAAAUUCGGCUCAGGAAAAGUGAUAGGUUGGUUUCAUGCCAAUCCAUGGUGUGGCAAUAUUCGCCUACAUGAAAGUUCUUCAGGGUUUGGAUCUAAGCCAAGAAGACUUCUGUUUAGGUGGGUCUUGUCUUCUUGCUGAAACCAUCACUCCUGUCUUUCAUGAGCACCUACAGGGCUCAAAAGGAAAGAAAAUCCCAAUGGAUUUUACACAGCAUAGCAUACAUUUGUACUGGCCCACUUGGAACCCCUUCCCUACAGAAGUCAGAAUCCUACUCAGUAUGAAAAUAUUCUUGCCCAAAAUGGCCACAUAGUGGUGGCCGCUGUCAAUGUGACCGAUAAUGCAAAAAAAAAAAAUCCAGCAACAAGAGACCACUCACACCCAGGAACCCACCGCACAAAGUGUCUAGAACGUUUCGUUGCAUUCUACACAUCUCACCUUCCAGACCAACGUGUUACCAGUGGCAGAACCCUCCUCACGCUAAGCACGUGUGUGACGUGACAUGCACUUCCCAUUUCUGCAUCCACCUAAGUUGCCUCUGCAUGUUGAAGCAUUUUAAUGGUUAGUAGGUGCCCCAUGCUGUUCAUUGAAAACCGCAGCACAACUCUCCGCCUUCCCAUUCCUGACGAAUGAGUCCAACCAAAGGGGGAUGAUGGCCGCCUACGAAACACGCAGAGCCAAGCACAGGAACAGGUGUGUGAGUAAUGGAUUUGGAUUGUGCGUCUGUGUGUGUGUGUGUGUGGAGGUGAACUGCACGGGACUGUCUCUACCAAUCACACCCUGGUCACACCAAGUUGGCUUUGCAGACCGGGCAGGCUUGCCUCCGAAGCAACAAGCCCUUUCCAAGCAGGAACAUGCUCUGUGAUGAUUUUCGAUAAAUUAUUGCUUUUCAAGAUGUUUGAUUUUGCUCUGACUUGCUGUUUCACACUGUGCACUUCUGUUAAUUUAAGCAAAAGGCAUUACAUGUCUGUUUGAUUGGAUGGGAUGUGAAGCCAUUCGGUGCCCACGCAGCCUUCGCCUGGGCCCUGUAGCCUUGCUUUUUCUCACACUGUGCUGCGGGCCACCCGGCUGGGUUGCCCUCAUUCCUCUAGGGCCCAGGGGCUGCCGGAGCGUGCCGCAGACAGGAGACAGUGCCUUUGUUACCCGCGGCACACCCCGGCAACUUGCCCCCCUAGGGUCCCCCUGCCAGGGUGUCCCAGCUUCUCUCGUGGGGGCGGAAAGCAAACUGUUUCCGUUCUAAUCCGUUCAAUUCCUUGCACAAUGAAAAUCACUGUGAUCUGUAUAUAUAUCUCCUCGGAAAAUUCUACUGCUGUCUAAUUUAUGAAGUAAUCCUGUUGAUUCCAAGUUUGUCUAAUAAAGACUUUGUAUCUUUUACGCA